CCUAGAACAAGCUGAAACCACUGCACAUGCGCGUCACGGUACGACAGAAGCAGCAUGGCUGAGCACGGGCAGAAACACGCGCUGGAGAUGGUCCGGACAGAUGGAGCUGAUGAAGGUUGUGUGACGUUUGUGCUCCAUGAAGAGGAUCACACACUGGGCAACUCGCUCCGAUACAUGAUCAUGAAGAGUCAGGACGUGGAAUUCUGCGGAUACAGCAUCACGCACCCAUCGGAAAGCAAAAUCAACUUUCGGAUACAAACGCGAAACGGAAUCGCAGCAUCUGAACCUCUGCGCAAUGGGCUGAACAACCUGACUGAAGUGUGCAAACAUGUCUUGCAAACUUUUGAGACACGGAUGAAAGCAUUCAAGGAUAAAGAAGAAUCGAUGGCAUGAAGAUCAACACUUUGUACAGUGCCGGACAUUGAUCUGCAGAAGAAUAUAGAAGUAAAAUGACAGUCAGACAUGUUCCUUGCAGUUCCUUUCUUUUUUGUGAGAAAAACAAUAAAAGGAUUUGUAUGUUUGAAUUUGUAUAUUGAUAUGAUUUAUCCUGAUUAUUUUUUUAGUUUUUGAGUACAUGAAGAUUUGUUUGUGCCAGUGUACUAAAAAAAGUUUCAAAGUGUAUAGCAAUAGAGUAUAUAUGUCCAAUAAAAAAAAUUAUACUUAUGAAAAUAGUUGUAAAAUGUAUUUGAUUUAGAAUGUGUUUUAAAAUCAUGCAAGUAAUGCAUUUUCAAAUAUAAAAAACAUACAAUAUCUUGGAUUUAUAUUUAACAGCAGCAUCAGAUGAUAAAAUUUGAUAGAGCAUUCCUGUACAAUAAAGACCGUAUGUAUGUAA